AGAGACAUCCCGAGGGAGAAGCGCGGCCGCUCACAGUGAGUCGUCACCAUGUCGGGGAAGGUCGGCACGAUGCGGCCCCUCUUACCUCUGCUGCUGCUCGGCCUGCUGCGACCCUGCUGCUCCGCAGUAACCCCAUUCACACAGCGGUGUGAACCAACGGAUUACACUAUUUACGACUACCAUGCAAAGACUCUGAACGGGAGUCACACCGUAAACCUCAGCGACUACAAGGGCAAGAGUGUCCUCUUCAUCAACGUGGCCACAUACUGAGGGUUGACCUUCCAGUACGUGGAACUGAAUGCACUACACGAGCAGAUGAAACCUCUCGGACUAACCAUUUUGGGCUUUCCCAGCAACCAAUUUGGGAAACAGGAACCAGGGCAAAACAAAGAAAUUCUUCCAGGUUUAAAGCAUGUCAGACCAGGCAAUGGAUAUGUUCCAAACUUCCUGCUGUUUGAGAAAGGUGAUGUAAAUGGAAAAAACGAGCAAGAGGUUUUCACUUUCCUUAAGAACUCCUGCCCUCCAGUCGGAGACCUCCUCGGUGACCCUGCCAGAAUGUUCUGGGGUCCCAUGAAACUCAGCGACAUCAAGUGGAAUUUUGAGAAGUUUCUGGUGGGUCCAGACGGGAAGCCGGUGAUGAGGUGGCACCCGAGUGUCAUUGUUUCCGAGAUCCAUGCCGACAUUCGCAAAUACCUGCUCCAGCUGUACACACAGCAGAUCUUCAGCGAGAACUGAUUGAUCACACUGUAUCUCCAUCUAAUGAAGUACCUGUGUAUGUACUUAGAGCAAUGUUGACAGAUCCUGACACAUGAAGAUGGCAUGUUGAAUGAAGAGGAGGCUUGAAAACAGUAACUCUGUGGUGCCUCUUCCGAGUCUGGGGUUCGGGCCAGCUCUUCAGUGCAUUCGAGCUGCCCUGUAAUCCCACAGCUUCAUGUCAUCUUCUCAUCCCAGGACCUGUUAGCCAUUGCAUCCUAAAUGUUAAUUACUUAUAAUAAAUCAUGGAGAAUAACACACUAAUGUGAAGACUUCU